AUGCUCCACGUCCUGUCUGUGCCUUUUCACAAGCUCAAAGUCCCCCCGCGGGCCUCCUUUCAAGGCCAAACCGUCCUCUGCACCGGUGCCAACACGGGUCUAGCCCGCGAAGCAUGCCGGCACGCUCUCCAACUCGGCGCCUCGAAAGUGCUAAUGGGUGUCCGCACCCUUUCCAAAGGCGAACAGGCCAGAGAAGAUGUCUUGACGAGCACAAAGGCUCCCAAAGACGCAGUUGAAGUGUGGCCGCUCGACAUGGAAUCCUUUGAGAGCGUCAAGACUUUUGCUCGACGCGUCGAGGACCACAUCAACGCAGGUGGCCGCCUGGACGUGGCAAUUCUCAACGCAGGUCUCGCUACGGGGAAGUGGUCACAGACUCGCGACGGCUGGGAAAAGACACUCCAAGUCAAUGACCUGUCGACCGCGCUGUUGAGCCUCAGGCUCCUUCCGCUUCUCGAACGCUCCAGCGCUACCAAUCCACACCUGGUCAUUGUGGCCAGCGACAUACACUUCAUGCUGAACUUGAAGAAUAAUUUCCAAGAACGGCAUGCGAGUGAUAUCCUACAGGCUCUCAACGACAGGCAGAGGUUCGAACGGGGCCAGGCAGCAAAUCCGGCGGAGCGGUACGCGGUGAGCAAGCUGCUCGAUAUAUACAUUGCAAUUGAAAUGGCGGCGUUAGCGUCAAAGCACAAGAGCAAGGUGGUCGUCAACUGUGUGACACCUGGAUUUUGCAAGUCUGAUCUUCUCUCGCCUGCGAGAGGAGAGAAGGCGCCUCUGGUCUUACGGAUCUUGCAGAGGGCACUUGCGCGUGACGUCGUCGAAGGAUCGCUUGCGUAUAUCGAUGCUGCGCUCAAGGGGCCAGAGUCGCAUGGGAUGUUCCUCGAGAACCAGGUUUUUACAGAUCCUGGGUCGGUGGUGACUGGUGAAGACGCGAUCAGGACGCGACAGAAGGUAUGGGGAGAGAUCGUAGAGGUCUUCAAGAGAGAUGAUCCGACUCUUGCGGUGUAG